AUGACAACUCCGACGAGUCUCAGCGGACCGUCUCGGUCGCUCUCCGUCUCCUCUUCUUCUUCCUCUUCUUCCUCUUCUUCCUCUCUGUCGUCUUCUCUCUCUUCUUCGGCUCCGCAGCGAGGUCGCCGCCGGAACUACGGAUACGGUAGCUGUCGCUCAAUAUCUGAUUUUGAGAUAAAGCAAGUCAUCGGCGAAGGCACCUACGGGCGCGUCUGGAAAGCGUACGACAAGCGCAACGAUGCAGUCGUUGCGAUCAAACAGAUGUGCCUGCUGCAGCAGCAGAGUGCGCGAGAAGGCUUUCCACGCACCGCUGUGCGCGAGAUACGUCUGCUCAAGCAACUGCAACACCCCAACGUCGUGGAGCUGAUGGAAGUCGUGUGCGGUCCGGACUUGACAAAAGCGAAGGGCACGAAGGAGGGCUCGACGCAGCCUUAUUCAGGCAAUAACUCCGUUUACCUCGUUUUUGAGCACUGCGAGCGCGACCUCGGCGUCCUUCUCGACUCACGCACGCAGCCCUUUUGUGCGAGUGAAAUCAAACACAUCAUGCGGCAGCUGCUGCAGGCACUGCAUCAUCUCCACUCCAACUUUGUGAUUCACCGAGACGUCAAACUCUCCAACAUCCUCAUCAGCUCAAACGGGUCGAUAAAGCUCGCAGACUUUGGGCUCACGAGAACUUUCGCGGAGCCUGGCUGCACAAUGACGGAUGGAGUGGUAACGCUGUGGUACCGCGCCCCCGAGCUGCUCUUCGGCGCGUCGACGUACAACGAGAAAAUCGAUCUCUGGGCCGUCGGAUGCAUCUUCGGCGAGCUCUUGGCGAACAAUCCCUUCCUGCCGGGGAAAACUGAGCAAGAACAAGUCCAUUUGAUGUGUGCGCUGCUAGGCGCCCCUGACGAACAGCAGUGGCCGGGCGUCACGCAGCUUCCAGGCUGGGGCACGCUGAAGCCCCCGCCCAAUCAGAAGCGCUCGACGUCGCUGCGUGAGCUCUUUCCUAAGGAGAGCGCCAACUGCGUCGACUUGCUCAGCCGCCUUCUCAUCUACGAUCCUGCGAAGCGCAUCUCCGCCAGGGACGCGCUGCUUCAUCCCUACUUCACCGAUCAGCCGGCGAUGAGCUGUGUGCGCCUGCUGUCUAGCAACACCCAGCUCACCGCGCAGCUGAGGCAGGCCGAGACGCGGCUGAAGCGGCGCAUGGCGCACGCGGGCGUGCCGGCGAACGACCAAGCCGCAGGGAAAGCCGCCUCAGAAAGGGAAAAUCUCAUUUCCGAGGUGAAGCGGGUCCGCAAGGCGUCGAUCUUCGACUGA